AUGAGUGAUCAAGCCAUCUUUGAUUUCACCAACGCGACUAACAAUAAUAAUAAUAAUGCCACAACGGAAGAUGCGUUCGCUUACUAUUACGACGACAACAAAUUAGUGCCAAGGUUGCGAGUCCACGAACUGACAGAUGAUUCUUCUCGAUAUGACCGAAUGGCAGCGGCACCACCCGAUGAGCAAUUGGUCUAUUAUUGGUACACUUGGGCAGGCAUUACACUCAUUUGCGGAAUCUUUAGCAUUACCUUGUUCGCCAGCAUUUUGAUUCAAAAGAAUUUGCGCGGCAAACCCUUCAACAUGUAUUUGUUGUAUUUGAUGGUACCGGACUUUGUCUUUUGCCUGUUGUGUUCCAUCACUUGCUUUUUGAAUGCCACCAAAGGAUCUUAUUGGAGUGUCCCCAUGUGUCAUUUGCAACAAUGGUAUUCCGUCUUUGGAAUUGGUGGAUCCGCUUGGAUCAAUGCCAUUAUUGCUUACCAAAUUCAUGAAAUGCUCAAGAAUUCCAAUGUGAGACGACGGUAUCGGGUACCGACCAAGAAAUCCGUGACCUUGCAAUGUUUGGCAGCCUUUGCUUGGGUCAUCUUCUUGGGCAGUUGGGGAAUCUACGACACGGAACAUUUUCCCUUUCAUUCCGGUCAAAUGGCUGGAUUGGCCUGUCUGCCAUUGGAAGUCGAUCAAGCGUCCACACUCUUUUUUUGGUUGGUCUUUUUUCCGCUCUUUGCGGGAAUACCAACGGGAUAUGGUCUGUGGGUGGGCUGGCAUGUCUAUCGAAAUAACCUCUUGCCACCUAUGGGAAAACGACGGUUGCUCUCGGUUUAUUUUGGGCGUUUGUUACUAGUGUAUUGCGUCAUGUGGAUUCCGGCCAUUUUGUUCAUUUUCAUCAUUCCAGGAAGCCUCAAGGUGCCUGCCUGGACUGCCUUUGCGGGAGGAACCUGGAGUCAUUUGCAGACCUUUGUGAGUUGUUGUGCCAUUGUGAUGAAGCCAGACAUCAACGAAGCCUACAAGGAUUUCAUGUUGUGUCGGAUCGGGCGCAAAAAGAGGGAAGAAGAGGAGGAACAAAAGAAAAAGGCGAACCGCCGGACGGAUAGUACGGGUAGUACCGAGACACACCGUAAUAGCAACAAUCCUUAUGGUAGGGUCGAGAGACGGUAUAGUUGUUAUGGGGAAGACCAUACGGUUGAAAGGGGCUCGGUUGGAUCGGUAGACGAUCCAAGUCGACGGCACUCCCAUUCCGAACGCACGGAUAUGGAUGAAUUCCCCUAUGUUCCGAGGAAUACACACAGUAACAACCCUUUGUCCCCCAGGUCACCCAAAGUGACCAUGGCACCCGAAAUGGCAAUAGGACAACAACAGCAACAACAAGAACAACACCCAAAACACAUCGCAAUGCCGGAAUAUGUCGAAGAGGAACUAUCCAUUUCGAAGAAUGCAAGUCCUGGCGAAUCGACGGAUGAUGACAAUGCUGUAAUAGGAGUAGCCCUUCCAGGAGCAAUGACCAUCAACAUGGCGGGUGAAAUUGAACGGGUGCCGCCAACAACAAAUAGUGAACACGAACAAGAGCAGGCUCCUACUAGUGAUAGUAGUCCUAUUGUUCCAGCGGGAAGCUGCGACGAUGAUGAUAAUGACAAGGAUGGCGAGCUUCUUUCAUCAACAGAUAAUGAUGAUUCCAAGUCCUUGUCUGAAGGGACUGUGUGA